CAUUUGGAUUUCUCUCAAAAAACGUCGAAAAUGUCCAAGUCAAAGUAUAAUCUGAAAGAAGCGUUCGACGAUCUCAAUAAAGUUCUUAGCACAAAAUCAGUAGGAUCUGAGAAGAAAAAACGUGGAAGACCAUCAAAGAAAGGGAGCUCUAUUGCUUCUAGAGAAUUACAAAAGACACUUCAAAAGUUAUUAAAAAUAUUAGAAGAUGAGCUCUCGAGACCAAAUCUCUUUUAUGAUACCAAUACGGCUACUUAUCAGCAAGCUAUUGAUGGCUUGGGAUAUUUGCUUCAUGAAUAUAAAGAUAAUAAAGAUGUUGCAAAGAAAUCAAGAGACAUAUUGUGCCACAUCGCUUUAAUAGUUAUUAAUAGCGGUUUGCUUGAAAAUGGUCAAGAAGACGAUUGGGCGAAAAUUGUACUUGAAACCCUUUCUCUGAUUGAGAAAUUUAUUCAGCAAGAUAGUGCAGACCGAGAGACAUUAGGGAAACUUUGUCUCAAAAUUCUCUCACAAGCGUUGCUAAAAUCAACCUUCCCAGUCGAUAUCAGGAGAAUGGCAGCAAACGUUAUCAAUGCCCUUUUAACAGGAUGCAAAGAAAACAAAAAGCUGUUAAGCCAAGAACAGUUUUUUAAUAUUUCUGAUCUUGCUUCCUCUAUGAUAUCUGCGUUAGAUUAUGAACUUCAACUUCGCCAUCUCGAGAUACUUUUCAGGCUAUGUCCAAGAGUGCAAAAAGAUCGAGAAAUUUUUGCAAAUAAGGCAUUUAUGAAUCAAGCAGUUGUAACAAAAUUUCUUAGUAUUACAGCCAACGAAUUUUUCGAGGACUCGAGGUAUUUCUUGAACGACGUCAAUGCAAAAAAUGACGGGAUAUCAAAAACACCAAAAACGUUUAAAGUUUCUCGCAUGAAGUAUAAUCAAUGUGAAUUAUACAGCCCUGAAGGUCAACGUUACUUCUUUGUGGAUUUUAAUAAAUGGACAAUAUCUGUUACAAUAUCCACGACAGCAUCCGCGGAGGCUAAUACUGAGCCAGCGCAAAAUUUUCAGGAGGAUGAAUCUGCAGAUGUUGAUCUAUACCUUUCCGAACCGUUGAAGAUUGAUGGUCAGAAUCUUUCAGUUAAUGAACAUGUUCUUACUAUGACAUUCGACCCUGUUGAGGGCAGGAUAAAAGACUGUAUUGAGAAAAUAUUUACUAAUCAAAAAAUUAAACCAAGGACACAGCAACCAAAAGUUUCUGUUUCCAUAGGAAUUUUACAGCCACAUUCUUCUUCGUUCAAUACGGCCGCCGCUCUUGAUACUUUGUCGAAAUCUUUAGAAGCCUCUAAGACACCUACGUCUGAUCGAAUUGAUAGACAUAUUAACAUAUUAAAAGAUACUGAUUUUGAUGAAGUCACUCUAGUGAACGUUGAUGAAUCCCAAAAUAAUACAAGUACAUUCAAUAAUAUUCUUGCGAAAAGCCGCAGCCAAUUGCCAAAAAAUGUUACACCACCACCUUUAUCGUCUUCGUCAAAUGAAAAUUCACCAUGUAAUAACAUAAGUUCUAUGGAUCGCAAGUCAAUAACGCAAAUAUUAGAGAAUAAUUAUAAUGUCAAUCAUCGAUAUGCUUUUCCACCUCCAAAACAGCGAACAAAGCCAUUGAAUUUGUCUGCUUCAAAGCAAAAAAGCAAGAUUAGUAAUAAUGCUGAUCUUGUGGAAAAAGACAACGAAAUUAUUGUGAAUAAGACAAUAUUAAACAAUGAAUGUUCGAGUUCAAAUGCCAUAAGAAGUAAUGAGAAUGUUUCAACAACUGUUAAUGUAAAUAGUAUGCAACAGCGAACAGAUCAAUUUAAAUAUGACAAAGAUAGUCCAAAAAGAAGACAAGCAGAAACUCGAAAUGACACAAAGGUAUCAAAUGGUGCGGAUCUUGAAAACGCACGAUACCAAUCAAACGUUGCGAAAAAUAAUAACGGCUCUUCAGUAAAAAACGACAAACUGUUUGGCUUAUCACGUGCAAACGAAAAUCUCAACUCUUUAGCUAAAGCAAAUGCAACAAGAAAAAAUUUAUUUAAUAACGUUGCUUGCAAAAACAAAAAUGAUACCGGGGAAAACCGUGAAGUAAGUCACGGAGGGAGCAAACGAAAAACUCUGGAUUUAAAUGAUGACGGACCAGAAUAUCCGGAGCAAUAUCGAAGUGACGAUCAACUCAAAAGCAACUCUAAUUAUCGAGUUAUAACAAAAAAAGGAGGAAAGAAAUUAGUUGUGGUCGAUGAUGACGAAAGCCAGAUCAUGAGUGAAGAAGAAUUUUGGAAUCCAAAGCAAAAAAAUAACUAUGAUUCCUCAAGUGAUAUUGAAUGUAUAGAUGUGACCGAUGUACAACGUUCAAAGUCAAAAUAUCAAAAGAAAACCGGCGACAAGGGCGAAAAUAGGCAUGUUGCUUUUAUAAAACGGUUACAAGCAUUUACAAAUUAUUUGGGCGCAGAUGAAGAUAAAGAUGACGAAGAAAUUUCUAUGCAGGAUGAUUUAUGUAUUAUUAAUUCACGAGAUAGUUCACCCACUAUUAAUGAUAAUGACGAAGCAAUACAAGAACACGAUAAUGGGCAACAAAAAUUUGCAGAUGAACAAUUGGAUGAGGAAAUCAGAAGUUUAUUGCAACUCGUUGGAGAGGCAAUAUUUAAACAAUUUCAAAAACAAGACUCUACACUAUUUCAAGCUUCUGAAAAUGCUAUAAUUCAAAGCGAGACAAAUUUGAGUCAAAGCUUGGAGAAACAGUUUGAACGCAAACGUGAAUUACUAAACACAUAUAGGAACAAUUACACAUUAAUUGCAUCGGAAUCUCAACAGAUGAUGAACAAAUUGAAGGAAGGAAGAAAUGAUCUAGAAACUAUGGAACGGACCUUGAUUGAUAUGGAAACAAUGGAUUUAGACUUUGGAAUAAAUAUCGAAU